AACCGCUGAUGAAGACACAUUGAUCCGUUUUCUUUUGAAAUCGCGACCUUCUCGAACAUAAAGAACACACACUUGGUGUGCAAUUACCUAAUCAAAUGGCCCCCGUUCGCGUUUAUUUGGCUUGUUGUUGUUUUUCACCGACAUGACCCGGUUGAAAUGGAGAGUGUCUCCAACGAGAAACUAACCCUCCGAUCAAAACUUCGGCUUGUCUUUAACAACAACACGGUUGAACCCAUUCUGGUAUGUUUUGUUCUACCGUGCGUGAUGGCUAACUUGGCCACGCAAAAUCUCAACAUGGAUAAGGCCUGUCGUGUUAAUCUUCGUUUAAGUGAAGAUGUUUGUGAUGGAUUAGCUCUUCGAGAUGUCUCCAGAUAUAAUCAGAGUGAUGAAGUGGCCGUCCAGAAAUUGGUAGCGACGAUGAACGCGUGGAAAAACGUGAUUCAAUCAUUCGUGCCUUCGCUUCUUCUCUUGUUCCUGGGAUCGUGGAGUGAUAGACACAAACGGCGAAAACCCUGCUUCCUAGCACCCAUAAUUGGAGAAAUGAUGACUUGUAUGGGACUCCUCCUUUGUACUGUCUUUUAUUACGAAUUGGCAAUAGAAUACAACGUGUUUUUUGAAUCAGUACCCCCAUCACUCACUGGAGGAUGGUUUGCUAUGUUCAUGGCCGUUUUUAGUUACAUUGGGGGAAUCACAAGUGUCCAAACGCGAACUUUACGAAUCGGUGCUGUGAACAUUUUUGUUAAUAUCAGUUUUACUGUUGGUAACGCUCUAAGUGGGAUUCUGUACCAACAUAUUGGGUACUAUGGGAUUUUCUCCUUGUCUCUACUGUUUUACGUAGUAGGCUUUCUCUAUGGUUUGUUUGUUGUCAAAGACAUUGCAAAUGAUGGGAAAGCCACCAACCCAAAGAACUUUCUUCGAGAUUUUUUUGAUACAAAACACGUCGCUAAGACAUUCGAAGUUGCCUUUAAAAAAGGUAAAAGAAACAGGAAGGCUAGAAUUUGUGCAAUGAUGGCUUUGUGUGUGGUAAUCACGGGACCCAUGCAUGGAGAAGUGAGCGUUUUGUACUUAUUUGUUCGAUAUCAAUUCGGAUGGAACGAGAUUGAUUAUAGCAUCUAUUCCACUUUCUACGUCAUCACUCAUAUGUUUGGCACUCUAUUCUCUUUGAUUCUGUUUACCAAAGUUUUGAAAAUUGAUGAUGCAGCUCUUGGUGUUGCAUCUAGUGCCAGUCGAAUAGUGGCAUCUAUAGUUUAUGCCUUUGCUCCAAACGCAUUCACUUUUUAUGUUGGAGCUUUGAUUGAGAUAUUCAACGGUAGUACUUUUAUUGCCAUGCGUUCGAUUAUAUCUAAGUUGGUACCUCCGGACGAACUAGGAAAAAUUAAUUCCCUUUUCGGACUCUCUGAAGCCAUGGUACCAAUCAUCUACGGCCCCCUCUACAGCAUUGUUUACAAACACACCAUAAAUUACCUUCCAGGGACCUUUUUCAUAGUCGGAGGUGCCCUUACAGUACCAUCACUCUUCAUAUUUUGGUACAUGUCAAACUUUUCGCAUCCUAUUCAAUUUCAACCCGGUUUUUUUCAGUUGGUUGUACAGCGAGCACAAAAAAGACCUCGAGGAAGAUGCACAAACGCAAAUUGUAAAUGGAGUUAAAUAAAUUAUUUCCACUUCUUACGUGUUUCCUUCGCGUGUCUGUCUGCGGUUUAGCAAUAGAUGCAUGUGAAAAUCAAUAAUCGCACUACCAUGAACU